AUGCGAAAACGCGGUCAGGACAGCCUGGCAGGACUUGUGCUGUAUGUAGGACUCUUCGGGCACCCCGGGAUGCUGCACAGGGCCAAGUACAGCCGUUUUCGGAAUGAGUCCAUCACGUCCUUGGACGAAAGCAGCCCCGGAGGCUCGGUGGGGAACAAGGGCUCGCCUCAGCCUCCCUACCCCACCCUGGCACCUCACCUGCCGGCUGACGAUGCCACCUUGGCGUCCCAGGAGAGCCCCACCCCACUGUGCACCUUGAUCCCUCGCAUGGCCAGCGUGAAGCUGGCCAACCCAGCCACCUUGCUGAGUCUGAAAAACUUUUGCUUGGGUACCAAAGAGGUGCCCCGGCUGAAGCUCCAGGAAAGCCAGGACCCGGCUCCCAGUGGCCCAGCUUCCCCUGAGACCCGUCUAAAUAGGGCUGGGUCCGCACCUCCGCCGCAGCCAGACCUGGUGGGGCACAGGGCAACUGUCUUAACUCCCGAUGCCUGUCCCCUUCCUGGCCCUGGGGAGCCAAGCCCAGGGAGCAGGCAGGACAGGCACUUUCUGCAGCACCUGUUGGGGAUGGGCAUGAACUACUAUGUGAGGUACAUGGGCUGUAUUGAAGUACUGCAGUCAAUGAGGUCACUGGAUUUUGGAAUGAGAACCCAAGUUACAAGGGAAGCAAUAAGUCGCCUGUGUGAAGCUGUCUCUGGGGCAAAUGGAGCCAUUAAAAAGCGAAAGCCUCCAGUUAAGUUCCUAUCUACAGUUCUUGGCAAAAGUAAUCUUCAGUUUUCGGGAAUGAAUAUUAAACUGACCAUCUCAACAUGCAGCCUCACAUUGAUGAAUAUUGACAACCAACAGAUUAUUGCAAAUCAUCAUAUGCAGUCUAUUUCAUUUGCCUCUGGAGGGGAUCCUGACACUACAGACUAUGUCGCCUAUGUAGCUAAAGAUCCAGUUAAUCAACGAGCCUGUCACAUAUUGGAAUGCCGCAGUGGAAUGGCCCAAGAUGUCAUAAGCACCAUAGGGCAGGCUUUUGAACUCCGGUUUAAACAGUAUUUGAAAAAUCCUUCUUUGAAUACUUCUUGUGAGAGUGAGGAGGUGCCCAAUGAUGGUCCCGUGGAGGAGAGAGAAGACCACGAGUACUACAAUGAAAUCCCCGGGAAGCAGCCACCUGCAGGAGGUGUUUCUGAUGUGCGGAUCAAAGUCCAAGCCACAGAACAAAUGGCUUACUGCCCCAUACGGUGUGAGAAGUUGUGCUAUUUGCCUGGGAACUCCAAGUGUAGCAGUGUGUACGAGAACUGUUUAGAACAAAGCCGGGCAACAGGUAAUACACUGGAGAGAGGAGUGCGGUCCCAUCGAGAUGCCUCAUUAAUGAAGCACACCUGUCGAGUGGAUUUCUUCAAUGACCCCUGCUACAUAAAUACACAGGCUCUUCAAAGUACACUUGCCUCUGCCCCAGAUCAAAGCUCAGCUCACCCCUUGGGGAGCCCAUGGCACCGUGAAAAAGCACCAGAAACUGUUCAGCCGGGUGCCACGGCCCAGCCUGCCAGCUCACAUUCUUUGCCCCAUAUUAAGCAGCAGCUGCGGAAUGAAGACUGCUACCAUGGCAAGCUGAGCAGGAAGGCAGCAGAGAGCCUCUUGGUAAAGGAUGGGGACUUUUUGGUUCGAGAGAGUGCAACAUCUCCUGGCCAGUAUGUGCUAAGUGGACUACAGGGAGGCCAGGCAAAGCAUCUUCUCCUGGUGGAUCCUGAAGGCAAGGUAAGGACCAAGGAUCAUGUAUUUGAUAAUGUCGGCCACCUUAUCAGAUACCACAUGGAUAACAGUUUGCCAAUCAUCUCUUCUGGAAGCGAAGUAAGCCUUAAACAACCAGUGAGAAAAGAUAAUAAUCCAGGACUUUUGCAUUCCAACAAAUGA